GAGCGCACAAAGAAACAUUGGUUUACUUUAAAAUCAGCUGAUCAUUGUUUUCGUUUAUUUUCUUAGAAAAAAAAUUCUCUCUUUUUUUUUUGUAAAUCAACAUAAUUACUAAAUUAUAUCAUUGUGUAAAAAAUUAUUAAUCUUAUGAUAAAUUUAACAUAAAUUGAACAUUAAUAAAAAUUUCUUAAAUAAUAAUUUGCGUGGAUAAUAAUUUUUUUUCUUUCUUUUUGGGGAAAAUUGUUAUGCGCAAGGGCACGAUUGACGUUUCGCGCUCGCGCGUGUGUAUGUGUGUUGUAUAUGACAUCAUUUGUUGUUUGGCUGUGCGCUUUAACUGUCAGUGAUCAGUUGGUUCAAGUGUUCUAACAAAAUGACGCAGUAAACGCUCCUUGUUUGGCCUGAUGUACCUCGCAUCAUGAAACCUCGAUUUUUCCGUAAAGAAGUAGAAACUUGUAUAGAAAAGGACAAUGUCGGCGGAUUCACCAAGAAGGGGGGGACAAAAAGGAGCCCUGGUGAUAACGCCUCAGCCAAUCAGCGAUCGUACCAUUAUAGACAGUGUGGCUGGUAUUAUUAAUGACAUUGUUCCCCAAGCCUACACUGGCGUACCAAAUUCAGACAACAAAGAAUCUAUAACAUGGGCGAGAUUCGAAUAUGCUGAUAUAAAUGAUCCUUCUUUUUAUUCUGACUAUAUCGAAGGAUCUAAUACUCCUCCAUUAUUAUUAGUUCUUGGUUAUACGACCGGUGUGCAGGUAUGGUUAGUGUCGGCAACUGGAGAAGCAUCUGAGAUUUUAUCAUGGCGACAGGGUGUUGUACGUACUUUGAGAGUAUUGUCAAAUCCAAAAGUCGAUGACGAACGAAAUGAUCCUUUUAAAUCUAAACGACCACUGGUUGCAAUAUGUGACUCAGCUGGUCCUGGACCACAAUUCUGCAGUGUCAGUUUUAUUUCCAUGAAAACUGGGGAGCAAGUUAAGAGCAUAAAAUUCAAAAAUCCAGUAUGCGACGUCCUCGCUAAUAAGAGAUCAGUCGUUGUCACAUUUGUUGAAAAGAUCGCUGUUUUUGAUGCUCGAACACUUGAGGAUGUUUUUACUGUUACCACAUGCUAUCCAAGUCCAGGUCCAAAUCCUAAUCCAGUUUCACUUGGCACAAGAUGGCUUGCUUACAGUGAAAAAAAAUUGAUACUAGCUAGAAGAAGUAGUGGUGGAAGUGAAGGUGAAGGUGUACAAAGUUACACAGCAGCUGUUCUUUAUGCAGCAAAAUCACUUGGCAAGGGAUUACGGGGUUUGGGAGAAACGGUAGCAUCAAGUCUAACAGGAAAUUCGGUAUCGCCAAUGGUGGUUAAUAAUACCGGUACUGAUGUGACACAACCGGGUGUUGUAACAAUUCUUGAUCUUCAAGCAGCAAAAGAGGAAAAAGAUUUAGAUAAAACCAUAGAAACGGUUGUUGCACAUUUUACCGCUCACAAUGAUGCAAUUGUUGCAAUGACAUUCGAUCUUACUGGAUCGUUAUUAAUGACCGCUGACAAACGUGGGCAUGAUUUUCAUAUUUUUCGAAUACAACCCCAUCCAGGUGGUCCUUCACUUGCCGCUGUUCAUCAUUUAUACGUACUACAUCGUGGCGAUACUACGGCAAAAGUUCAAGAUAUGACAUUUUCGAGUGACACACGUUGGGCAGCAAUUUCAACAGUUCGUGGCACAACUCAUGUAUUUCCAGUGGCGCCCUAUGGCGGUCCUGUUGGAGUUCGAACUCAUUCAACACCUCAUGUUGUCAAUAGACUAUCGAGAUUUCAUCGAAGUGCAGGUCUAACUGAUGAUAGUACUAGAUCACAUUCUCCAGUUUCUUAUGCUGAACUGCCUCUAUCCGUUUAUCCUUAUACAAAUCCUAGACUUCCACCUUAUCCUCAUCCAACAAUUUUACAUCCAUUGGCACAAAUUCGACAACCAUCGACGUUAAAUCAUGUCAACAGCCAAUCACAAACAAGUGGAAGACCACAGCCAAAGCAAAGAAUAUCACAUUCAGAUGAAAGUGUGACAUUACCAUUAAAAAUUUGCGCUUGCUUUGCACCACCUCGAGCUUGGAUUUACGCACAACGUGAUUCCUCCAACAAAGUUACGAAAAAAGCUGUUGAUUCACUAUUUAUAAUGGCUUGCCAUGGAAAUAUGAUUCAAUAUGAUCUUGAGCCAAAGCCAGCAGCAGGUGUACCGAAGGAAAAAGUUUGUGAUGAUACUUCUAUUGAAUUAGAAGUGGAAGCAAAAGGACAAUGGCCACUUUUACGUUCUCCCGGUUCAAUGGAAAUUGUCCCUCCUUUGCUUCCCUCAAGUCAAUUUUUAGGUGUAUCCAUGUUACCUAAAAAUUUACAACAACUUGAAUCUGAUGAGGAUCGAUGGCUUAGUCAAGUUGAAAUUGUAACACACGCUGGACCUCAUAGAAGACUUUGGAUGGGGCCUCAAUUUGUUUUUAAAACUUACAACGCACCUAGUGGAGUUGCUGUUAAUUUGGUUGAAGCGGAAACAGUUGAAAUUUCUGUUUCGAGCGGAUCUCGUCCGGCAAGAUCAAAUCCUGUUAAUAUGCCGCACGCAGCUAGUAGACCUUUGAUGCCUGUUGUCAUCGAUGGUUCUGGAAGCAGUUAUGAGCAAUCGCCAAGAUUUAUGGAAGCCUAUGGUGAUUCAUUAGAAAAUGAAAAUAUUGGAAUAGUCAGUGGUGAAAAUCAACUUCGAGAAGAUCUAGCUGAAGCAAUGUUGGAAACAUCAGCAGCUCCACAUCGAGGACCGGGGAGGCGAUUGGUUAUUGAAAGGGUGGGACAGCCGGUAGCUAAAGUUGUCAACCCGUUGGGCACCGUGAUAACAGUAUCUGCCGACGAAGAGGACAUUAGUUUUAGCCAGGAUUGUGAACUAAAUGAAGAAACAACACCCGAACCUCCACGUAGUGUUUGCGCUGAGGAGGGUCCAACUUCAUUAACUGAUUUCGUCAACGAGGGUCAAAUACUACGCACUCAUACCGAGAUAUGCGCCGAAAUGAGAACAGCAAAUGAGCCAAUAAUUGAUAGUGUACCCGAUGAUUAUAUAAAAGAAGUUAAAGAAAAAAAAACACUUUGCGCUGAAGUUGCUGAAUUAGGUAAAUGUUCAAUAUUUGAACGUGAGGAUUCAUUUCGUGAUGUGCCUACAAGUUUAAGUUUAUGUGCUCAACAAGGUGAAAUACCCGAUAGUCCAAUGACACAGGCAAGAGAUAAUGCAUGGAAAAUAAAAACAAAUGAUCAAGAGAGAAAAUUUGCUAAGGCAAAAUAUGUUGUUAAUUAUGAUGACGAUAGUGUUGUAUUAAUGGAAAAUAAAACAACACGAAGAAAUGUGAAAAAAAAUAAUAAUGUGAAAAUUAUUGAGAAAUCAUUACGUGAACCGAAAUAUUUACUUAAGGAAAAUGAGGAUAGUAUUGUUGUUGAAGAUCUUGUGGAGAAUAAAAAAAUUGAGGAAAUUAAAAAAAGAAGUGAAAAUAAAGAUUAUUUUGUACCAAUUGAAACGCCAAUGAAAUUGGGAAAUUUUGAUGUUGGCGAUGAUUUUACAUCAAUGGAAUAUCAUAUGGUUGAAAUUGGUUCAAAUCAAUGGGAUGAUAUUCAUGAAAAUUUGGAUAAAAAUUCAUCAAUUUUACGUAAAUCAAGUAAAAGUACAAUUUCUGAUGAUGAUAUUGAACAUAUACAUUCAACAGAAUUGGAAGAAGCACAAAAAGCUGAGGAAAUUGAAUUAAAAUUAAAAGAAGAUGAUUUAAAAUUAGAAAAUCAAGAAGAAAAAGUAAUGAAAAUAUUAUCAUCCGACGAUGAUUUAGAACAUGUUCUACAUUCAGAAUUGGAUUUAUUAAAAACAGAAGAUUUAGUUGUUAUUGAAAAUCAAGAAAAAAUUAAUGAUAAAACGGAAAUAGAUGAAAAAAUUGUUCAAUUAUCAAAACAAGAGGAAAUUAUUGAUAUUGAUAUAAAAGGUGAAAGUUCAAUGAAUCAAAAAUCAAUGGAAAUUAUUGAUAAUAUGAAAAUUGAUGAGAAAAAAAUUAAAAAAUUACCAUCAACAAAAAGACAAUCGGAAGUUGAAAUAAUUGAUAUUGAUGCAAUGCACAAAGCUGAAAUGAAAGAACCAUUUAUUCCUGAAUGUAAAAUUCUCGAAGGUGGUGGUACAAAGAAAAAGAAGAGGGGUAAGAAAAAUUUUGACGAUUCAUUGAAUCAAAAAAUGGAGAAAAAAUUACCAAUUGGUUGGAAUUUGACGAAACAAAAGGAAAGCAAUUGGAAUUCAAUGAGAAAAAAUAAAUCCGAAGAUAGAGAAAUUGUAAAAAUUGUUGAAAAUAAAGAAGAUGAAAUUUUGAAAUUUUGUGUUGAAAAUUUAGAAUUUUCUGAUAAUAAUUCACAAAUGGAAAGUGAUUUACAAACAUUGAAGGAAAUUACAACACAACAAAAUAAAUUCGAUAAUGUAUUAGAAAAAGAUGUUAAAUUAGAGAAUGAUGAUAUUAAAUUAGAGAAAGAAAUUAUUAAAUUAGAGAAAGAAAAUAUUGAAUUAGAAAAGGAAAAUAUUAAAUUAGAAAAAAAGGAAUUAGAGAAAAAAGAAUUGGAAAAGAAGGAAUUAGAAAAAAAAGAAAUAGAAAAGAAAGAAAUAGAAAAGAAAGAAAUAGAAAAAAUAGAAAAGAAAGAAUUAGAAAAAAAAGAAAUAGAAAAGGAAUUAUUAAAAAAAGAAUUAGAUAAAAAAGAAAUAGAAAAAUCUAAUUCCAUUGAUCUGACAUUAAAAGAGGCUGUGAUAGAGAUGAAAAAUUCUCAAACAGAUAUAACAACAAUUAAUAUUGAUUUAGAUGUGAAGAAAGAAAAUUUUACAAAUCAAGAGCAAUGCGAUUUAGAGCCUGAAAAAAGAAAUGAUUCUGAUCCGGAAAAAAGAAGUGAUUCAGAAACGGAGAAUAAUAUUAAGGAGAAUUCAAGUUCAUCGGAUGAUCCAAAUGCAAAUGUUAUUCCAAUGGAUACUGAAGAGGAUGUUGCGAUAAAAGAAAUGAUUAAUAGAGGUACAACAACAACGACAGGGACAACAACAACAACAACAACAACUACAACUACAACAACAACAGCAUUGACAACUGAUCAAGAAGUGGCAACGGUGACAAAGAAGUUUGGUAGAACGAAGAAAAAAAGACGCAGAUGAGUAGAGGGUUGCGUUGAUGUACGAAGAGCGAGCCUUGCCUUAUAUAUAAUUUUAAUGCAAUUGGCAGGGGUCGACUAGUAAAUGGUAUAUAGAAAGAAAAAAAAAACAAAAAACUAGAGAGUGCUUAGAAAAAAAAAAAAUAAAUAACGUUACUUUCCUAA